AUGCGCGACGGUUGUCUCAGCUAUGAGACGUUUUGUGUCGAGGGCGAGCUGCUGCGGAGGAGGUCACGGGAGUUGGCGAUUGGACAAAAUGUGGGAUUUGAGACGGGUGUCGCGACGUGGGAGUGGAGACAGGGUGAGCGACCGCACUUGGAGGGGAAUUCGUACCUUGUGUCAAGUGAAAACGCUCGAUCGUAUCUAUCAAUAACUGAUGGGAAGAGUGAGGUGAGUACUGAACACUUUGGUGACGAUGUGAAGGAGCUGGAGCAGCUGAUUGAGGAGGACAUUUGUGCGGAUGACGAGGAGAUGCAGACGACGAUGCAGUGCCAGCAAGACGAGACAGCCCUUCUCGAGCUCCACAUCGUCUACCACACCAUCUACCAGACGCCUGUGCUGUACUUCCGUGUAUUUGCAGUGGAUGGGACACCGUUGCGCGCCAGUGUGAUCACUGGCGACAUGGAGUUUUCUGGCUCCAGCUGUCGAUCAACGUUUAUUGCGAUGGAAGAGCACCCGGUGCUGGGCAAACCAUUCUCGUUUUUGCACCCAUGUGAAACUGCAGCAGCGAUGCGACUACUGCUCGCUCAAGUGAAUUCUGAUUCUGUCUUAGCGACUUGGUCACCAGUCGACGUACCUGUGUACCUCGCGAGCUGGCUUAGCCUAGUACAACCGGUGACUGGCAUAUCCCCGCGUGAUUAUUAUGCUUUAUGA